CACUGGAGGUUCAGCCCACUGCAGACAGCCAACAUGAAGGUCAAGGACAUGUCGUUCAAGAUGGGGCAUGAGUUUAAGAUCCGUAUCAAGCCCAAAGACGACUGCGCUACCUUUGCCGUCAAUAUCGGUCAUGAUUCUGACAACAUCGCACUGCACUUCAACCCACGUUUCGACAGCUGCGGCGACACCAACACCAUCGUCUGCAACUCCAUGUCUGGUGGGUCCUGGCAAGACGAACACCGUGAGUUCAACUUCCCUUUCUCACAGGGGGAGGAAUGCAAGUUCUACAUUAACUUCAACGAUUCAGAGUUUUACAUCAAACUUCCUGAUGGCUGCAUGAUGAACUUCCCCAACCGACUGGGAGACGUCAAGUACCAACACAUUGAGGUCACCGGCGACGCAAAGGUUAUUGGCUUCAAGAUCAAGUAGAGGUUGACCUCCACCUGACCGUUGACUUUUGAUCCAGAAGUGUCCAGGCCUGGACACCAGGAAAUGUGCACCAUGCUGAGCCUGUGUUUUGUAGUGAGAGGAAAUGGCCUCCAGAGGGCGCCAUGCCAAAUCUGACCUGACUGUAUGCUUGAGUGUAUGCUUGACAUCUCGACUGUGAAGGCCACUGAGUUUGCUCAUAAAAACACUGUGGAACAAGAAAGAGA